AUGGCGGUCGGGCGGGGGGGGGGGGGGGGGGAAAACAUGCCUUGUUCUUCAGUUGCGGUGUCAAGUGGAGAAUUUCGGAGGCAGCCAAAGUUGACUGUAGCGAUAAGCUCCCCAGUUGAGGCAGAGACUGGCCGUGGCAACCGAAAAAAUCCCCUCGCUAGCAACCCAAGAAACAGUGUCUGGGCGCUGGCCUGUGGCGCUUGUGGUUGGUUUGGGCCUUUGGGCCCUCCUAACAAAGGGUAUUUGCAGUGGUCACCAGCUCAGAAUGUUGUGGUCGGCCAAGAUAUAUUGACCAGUGUGGCUUUCUCCAUUCCAGCCUGUCUGCAGUACUUAGGACCAGCUUUAUCUUGGCCUAUCGCCAAGGUAGCACCCACUGCACGGUUGCCACCCUCAUACAACUCACUUUGUGCACUAUCCUUGCUGUCUCUCAUGGGCACCUCAAAGUGUUUCCUGUUUAUGAGGAUCCUUAUCUUGACUACCAUGGCUAUAUCAGUUGCCAUGAAUGCUGCAAUCAUUGGGGCACUGGUAACUAAGAGGGACUGCAAGUUUGCUGAGCUCAUGAGACUCCCUGACAUAUUUCUUGUGCUGUUUGUUCUGCUGUGCUUUGACUUUUCAAUAUAUCUGGCAUUCAAUCUAUUGUGGCCUGCAAGAACUUCAGUAGAUGAGAAAAUAUGCUCACAGGUCUUGUUGGAAAAUGGUCAUGAUUACAAAGUUGGCAACAAAAGGAACCCCUUAACAGAUCAUUUACUUGGAGAAUUAGAAGAUACUAUCAAAAUGGUGGGAAUUGGGCAUGACCCAGUUCUGGCCUCUGAAUAUGAAACUACUUUACAAGAGCAAGUCAUGGUCUUCGAUCAGCAGGAUGAAACAUUUGACAUCGGAGAGACACCCUUGUCCAAGAAAUCUAAGGAUCAUUUGGGUCAAACUGUUGGUAAAGAAGCUCCUGUUUCUGAGGCCUUACAUGUUGACACUACUGAUUCUGUUUCAUGCCAUGAUUCACUUUUCCUCUCUGAGCAUGAAUGUAAUGCAAGGAAUCUCAUUCUUCCUUAUAGACAAGCUUCAACUUCUGAGUCCCAUUCAGUCAAGAAUAUGCUUGCCAUGAUAAAUUAUCUUGCUGUUGAAGGUUUUGCUAAUGGAGAAGUUGUAAGGGAUGCUGUUUCUACUGCCUUAAGUCAACAAGUUGCUGAAUUGAUAUCCAUAAGACGUAAAGAGAUAAACGACACUGUGAGAUUUUGUAAUGAAUAUGCUAGUAGGAUGAAAUCAAAAGUUCGAGUGUUUUUUCCUUCACACCACCAGUUUGCUGACAUUCUUGAUGACUUCUGGGGGAAUUUGUUUGACCUGCAUGGUAAAUUGACAGAAAAAGGUAAUGCCAUAAGGUUGGACCUUCUUAUUGGGCUGGAUGUUGAGGAGAUCAAAAGCUGCCCGUGCUAUUUUGAUGUACUACCUGGAGGUAAUAACAUGUGCCCUGAACAUGGAAAUUGCACAUUGCCUGCUGUUGUGGCGUUCAGAAAGCGCAUCAUGGACUCAUUCCUCACGGAGGAUCCUAGUCUAUUGAAGGAUGAGGAAGUAUCAUAUUUUGCUAUGGAAAAUGAUCAAGUACAAUAUGAAGUUCCCAUUGGCAUGGGAAGUCCAUUGGAGGAGCUGAACAAAAUGGAAGUUUUGGUUAAAAAAUGUCCAUCACAGCAAGUAGCUCAACAGGCUUCCAAGACAAAUGUUUAUUUCUCCUACAAUGAAUUGAAAGGGCUACUCUUGACUUCUUUUCGGGCUUGUAUUCUGAAUAUAUCGCAUAUUAAGAAAGCUGAUUGGCUGAUUGAUAACAGAGGUGGGUAUGAUGAGAAGCUAGUAGGCUUGGCUGCUGAAAUGGUGAUAUUUGGAGAUAUACAUCCAAGCGGGGUAUUCUGUCCGAAUGCAGUAGUUGAUCCUGAUGGUAAAAUAUUCAACCUGUGCACCUCAACCCUUGGUUGUGGAGAUGGAUGUAUGUGGCUACCUACUCUCCUUAUUAGCUUUGGUGUUUGGUGCAUUUCUAGAAUAUUUGAAGUGCUUCUUUCGGCAAAGGAACCUUUGCUUUUUGGGAAGUAUAGUAGGGUUCUCAAUCGCCUUCAGGGUAUUCUGGAUCCAGCAUUCUUGAAGCCUGUUCAACCUGUUUCCAUAUGUCCAUGCACCAAAACCGUUCCUGGUGCGAGAAGUGUGAGAAUGGCCGAUGGAAAACGUAUCAGUGUAGAAGCUGUGUUGGAGAUGCUGAUGGAAGUUGAGGCCACCAUAUUUAGUGCGAAGCACGCUGAAGCCUAUGGCAGGGAGAAGAAAGACCUGAAAUCUGUUCUGAACCGCUAUAAACUCCUGCUCUCCAAGGUGGCAUCUCAGGAGUAG